UCCGCUCUGGGGCGGGGGUUUCCACCAUUUUGUCUUGGGUGGCGGAAAGUGGAGGUUAAAGAAGGCUGCAGUGUUGGGGGUGGUGGGUGCAGCCAGCCAGUUUUCGCGCCUUGGCUAGUUCGGUCCGGUCCGGUGUGGCCCACGCACCCGCUCGCCGCUUCUCGAGGAGGGACCGUCGUCGUCGUCGCUGUCUCCCGGAGCUCGGAGACUCUGGGACUUCUCCCAACCUGGGUGCCCAGGAGACUCCGAUGUUGAACUCAGUAGAUCAGCCCAUGAAAACUUCCAUACUCAGACAAAGAAACGGAUCUGGCCGAAAACAAUACUUAUUAUCUUGGGCCUGGCAGCAGGGAAGAAGACAAGUGGUGGAAAUCUUACAGUCUGCAAAGCAGACUGAAAGGUGACAUAGAAGCUGAAGAUGGGUGGUGGGGAGAGAUUCAACAUUCCAGUUUCCCAAUCUAGAAAUGUUAGUAAGAAUCAACAGCAGCAACUUAAUAGGCAAAAGAACAAGGAUCAGAAUUCCCAGAUGAAGAUUGUUCACAAAAAGAAAGAAAGAGGACACGUCUAUAAUUCAUCUGCAGCUGCAUGGCAGGCUGUACAAAAUGGGGGGAAGAAUGGGCAUUUUCCAAAUAAUCAAAAUUGGAAUUCCAGCUUAGCAAGUUCCAAUUUAUUUUUGAAAUCCCAAACUAAUCAGAACUACGCUGGAGCAAAAUUUAGUGAACCCCCAUCACCGAGUGUUCUGCCAAAACCUCCCAGUCACUGGGUUCCAGUAUCCUUGACUCCUUCUGAUAAAGAAAUGAUGACCUUUCAACUGAAAACUUUACUUAAAGUCCAGCUGUGAUGGGAGAUAACCGGCGUGCUGAUGUCGAAGUGUUUAGGGCUUCAGAUGGUUUAAGAAGAGCAAAUCAAGCCUGGGUUCCUAAACAUAAAAAUUUCUUGGUUGGGGAAAAUGCUAUCUUAUCUCUGUACAGCAGCUGACUGACGAUAUUGGGCAGUACUUGAUGUCAAGUUUCAUGUGUGCGUACGUUUUUCAUUCCUCCGUGAGCCUUGUGACCAGUUAUGACGGCCAUUACAAGGCAGUUUGAAAUCGUGUCAAUUCUUGGACUGGAUGUCAAUCUCAAUUGAAUAGCAGCUCUCCAAAACUUGAAUAGCAGCUCUCCAAGUUUUGAACUUGAAAUCAUAGUUUAAAUUGUAAAUCAGGGUUUAUGUAUAGAUUCAGGGGCUUUUCUUAAUUAGGGAAAAAUAUGUAUUAUAAAUCAUGUUUCUAGGCAAAAAACCAUACUAGAGCAAUGGAACAUUUAAUGUGAGGCAGUAGCAGAUUUGUGAUUUCUGGAAAAUGAGCAAAGUCAUUUAUAUUUCAUUGUGGCUGGGGUAGAUAAAAGAUAAAGUUGAGCACCAGCCACAUGUGAUGGGAUGGGAAUAGAAACCACAAUAGCAUUGAACUGCCAAAUCCAAUGUGAACUUUCAGGGAUAGAUGGAUAAAUGUGUGAUAGGUAUCCUUGGCAAUGAAUCAAGGAAGGGAAUGCCAGUCAGUAAGGUGGUCCUGAAAUCAAAGGGACUUGUGGUUGAUGACAUUAUACAGGGAAGGUUGAGACUGGGUAGGGCAGAGAACUUUUUGCCUUAUUACCUGCCUCAUCCCUUAUGGGUUACUGGCAUUUGUAUGCUUAAUUUUCUAUGAAUACUUCAAUUCUCAAUUGCUAUAUGAUCAGGAACUAAUCCCCUUAGGAUACACACACAUAUAGACAGACAAAAGUAUUUUUUGUGUCAGGAGAAUGUACCAAAAAGCUUCUUAAAGAUAUUAAAAUCUUAAUAUUCAGUAUUUGGCCACAUUGCAUCAAGGCACUGGCAGAAUUGCUCUGACUUCAGAUAGGAGACUGAAGUAGGAUAGUAAAGUUGUAAAUAAUGUAGGAAAGAGAAAGCCAUGUAAAUAAGUGUAAAAUUUGUAGCAUAUGUACAUUUUUGCUGGCCUUUUCUUCAAAAAGUAUUUUUAAUACAGAAUUGCUCAAUAUAAGGCAGACCUUGGACUGAAUGAAGACAUGGUCUGGUUUUAGAAGGAUCAAGAUAUAUUUUUAAAAAGAAAGCAGUGUCCUUGCAUUAAGUUGCUACUGCUACAUGUUUUGAUUCAGCUGGAAACUCUUGCAAGAGACCAACUUAGAGCUAUUAGGAAGAAACCAGAAUUUCUAAAGCUGCUAAGACACAGAGUGCUCUUAUUUUGAACACAUAAAUGAAUGUUUGAAUAAGAAUACUAUUAAAACAGGCCUAAUUAUUUUUUCUAAAAACAAAACAAAACCAAAAAAAAAAGGUCAACAAGAAGGCAAUUUUGAUUGGAUGACAAUCUUUUACCAAAGGGUCCCUUCACAGACAGAAAAUAAGGUACUCCCUUUGGCCUUUACCUAUCAAUGUUUUGAACUAAAGACCAAUUAGAAAAUGAUAGACAUUUUGUUUUUUUCCAUAAAGCCAGUGGAACACUCCUGAGAAAUGGGUUACAUCAAAUUUUCUGUUUUGUUUGUUUUUUUUUUUUACUAUGCAGAUGUGUUAUUUUGUAAGAUUAUGCAGUCAGGAACAACAUGAGCACUGAUUAAAAAAACAACUAACCCAAGAAUGGGUAAGAAAGGGAAAAAAUUGAUUUUUAAACAGUAACUUGUCUAGAAAAAUGUUUACCAAAAAAAAAAAAAGCUCUCCCAAAUGUUUAUUAAUUUUUAUUAAAAAACUGAUUGGUAUAUUGUCCACAUUUUGCUUUUUCUCCAAGGAGAAAUACUUUAAGAACAGGUGUCCAAAUGCAUUUGGUGUUUAAUCAACUUUUGUGAAGUACUUAUAUACGUAUGUUAAUUGGAAACAAAGCUGAAAAUAAAAUGAUUUCUCCCCUAA